CAGUCCGCAUGACCAAUACCAAGAGCACGGGGUCCAAGAAGCCCAAGUCGACCAAGUCGAUCGUGCGCCGGCUGCGGGAUGAGCUUUCGGGGAAGCUCCGGCACGAGCAGAUAUGGAGCGUCAACCAAGCCCAUGCCGCGCCGCGCAAUGCGCUGUACCAAGUGCAGCUCGCCGAGAGCCUGCAUCGCCACUUGCAGCCGAGCCUCCUUCGCCUCGACGACGCCGCCCACGUCGACAAGGCCACCAUCUUUGAAAGCGCCAAGGUAGACGCGGCGCUGCGGCUCUCACGUCAGCUCUACAUGCUCGAAUUUAGCUUUCGAAAGCUGUCGCUGCGCUGGCGCCGCAUCAAGCUCGCGUCGGGGCUGCGGCUGUGGCAGCACCACGUGGCGUUGCACAAGGCCCACGACGUGCACGUCAAGGUGCUAACCUUUCACGCGAUUCGGAUUCAACGCGCGUACCGGCGCCGGUUUGCUUAUGUCCGCGACCUGGCCGCGAAAAAGUCGUUGGCGGACCAGCUCCACGCGCUUCUGCAAGAACACGCGGCCGCCCACGCCCAACGCGUGCGAGAGGAGCUCAUGGCGACGCAACUCCAGCGAGUCUGGCGAGGGACACUGACGCGGCUGCGGGUCGCCGACGUCUUGGCCGCGCAGCUGCGACGGACGCUAUGUACUCUCUCGGUGCAUCAGCUCUUUGGGCAUCUCAAGCCCGUGCAGGUGGCCGCGGGUCAUCUCUUCUUGACGUUGAAUGCCGAAGCCGCGACCAUUGAAGCUGCCCACGAUGUACUGAUGUGCCCUCCCGCCGCGAGUCAGAGCCUGCUUUUGUGGACCCACACGAUUCGAGACAUUGCGGCCAUCGCAGAAGUCCGUGCGUCGCGCCAUCGUUUUCUUCGCGCCAAGGUCCGGACUACCUAUUGGCAGCUGCAAGAGGCGCUCGUGGCGGACAUGGCCCUCCAGGAGUGGCGCCACAUGCAGCGCAACGCGCGACGCGAAGCCCGACGCCACGCGCGAACCGAACACUUGGAGCGGCAGCGAGAUGCGACCCGCGCCACCCGUGCACUCCUUCUGCGCCAAGCGCUACAAGCGCAGCUCGAGGCUCGCGAGGCGGCCGACAUGACGCGAGAAGACGAGCUUAUGCAUGCCGUAAUGGCUGUGUGGCGGGCGUGGGACCAAAAGCUCGCGUCGGACCGCCUCAAGCACGCCCGUAUGUGCUUGAAGCUACAGCUCCAGUCGCGCGCGGCGGCUGUGACGGCUACCCGCCGCGAACUCGAUGCCAUGUUGAUCGAGGACGACCACGGGCGAUGCGCGCGUCUCAACCGUCAUGGCGCGUCCGUUGCGAUGCAUUGGCAAUCGUGGCAGAUCCACAUCACAAUCCAACCAAUGCGCGGCGUCGUCGUGCACCAUUUGGCCGCCGUCACCGUCAUCUAUCGCGCACGUCGACUGCCAGCGUUGACCGAGUACGUCUACAGCACCUCCAAUGCCCUGGACCUCAAGCAAGGAUUGCUCCGACCUUCGCGGUACCAGCUGCCGACCGUCCUCAUGCCUUCGGAUGUGAGCUGGCGUGGCGCAGUCAAUCGGUGCCUCUACCGAGUUUGCUGGCAUCGGCACGAGAAGGCAUCCCUCUUGGUCCAUGCCACGCGCAUGAAUGCGAACAUAGUCGUUGUCGCCGCCGCCACCAUCGCGCUGCCAAGCGUCCUGGCGCUCUUGACGCUGGACCAAAUGGUGUGGCUACGCCCACGCCACCACAUCAAGCUCUUUCGCCACCUCGCUACGUGCACGGCGAUCGAUGCGACGUCCCACGAGCUUGUGGUCACGCCGCCGCUGCACGUGACGCAGCAAGGUGGCGUCGUGCACUCGGCCGUACCCGUUCUGAACGCUCUUCUUCACUGCAGCUGGACGACGUUCCAGCACCACCUCGACCGCAUCGAGGGACUGUGUCGACGCAACUUGAAUGCUAUCUAAACUAUCCCGC